AAGUUACAGCAACUGUAGAGGUCCAUGUGGUGAGACGUUGUGAGUCUGGGUCAGGCUGUGUGGAGGGUGGAGGGUCCUUCUAUUUUUACCUCCACCAGCACCCUCAUAUCACAACAGCUGUCUCCACAUCUCUUGUGUGUCACUGUCAUAUAUAGCCGGCCUAUCAGAACGCUCCCCCCUUUCUCAGCGUUGCAUUUUGCUGUCUGCUCCUGGUCUGUUGGAUCUCACUAGAAUUCUCUCCAUUUAAUACAUGUUUUAUUUGUUGUGGUUCUUCCUCUGGACUUCUUUUCCACACAGAAGCUGUGAAGUUCCUUCUCCUACAGCUCUACGUCACCCUUUUCUCCUCCUAUACUCAUCUUGACCAUCACAACCCAUGACAGCAGAACAACAUGGCAUUCUCAUCUCGCUUUUCCUUCUGGGAACAAAAGAUCAAAGAAGAGAACAAAGUGGGCAGCAAAAGUUCAGAGGUUGAUGGGUUGGCAAGCCGAGCCAUGUCCGUACCAGCUUUAGAUCCCGGCAGAGGGUUGUUCAGGGCAAAAAGUCCUCCAUCUGUCCCCACUGUCCAAUCAGCGGGCCGGGCCAGGAGUCCUUCACCAAAAUCCAAGACACUUCAUAAAGUUCCUGAACGCUUCAAAAGUCCUGAACCUUUGCUGAAGAUGUCAGCUCAGUUCAAGAACCCUGAAUCUUCACAAGCACCUCUGAGUCCAGUCUACAACCACAGGCAAGAGCUAAAUGGGACAGCUGGCAAAAGCCAGGUCCAUGGUGAUGCAAAUUCUUCAAGCAUUCCCACCAACUCAAUGGAUUCUGUAGAUGAACAAGGUCUCACCUGUAAGGAAGUUGUGAAGGUGGUUCGUCGUGUUGUUAGGAAGGUCUUACCCUCAGAAGAGGAUGAAGUUAAGGUGCCAAUGCAAAAAUCAGCCAAAGCUCCAGAGGCAGGCAAGCUUAACGUCGAACGGGUCCGAGACGCUUCAGCUCCAUCGACAGCAUCUGUGCCCAAAGCCCAGUCAGUGUCAGGAUUCUCGUUUAAGCAUAAUAAUAUCAAAACAGAAAACAAAGAGGACCUAAUGCAAGGACUAACAAACCUUAUGGUUAGGGGCAGGACACGAGAGCCUUAUCCUCAAAUACACAAGGAUGGACGACCAGGAAAAGUGGAGAUGGGGAAGCAAGACGAUGAUGAAAGAAAAGUUCAUUUGGAAGAAAACAAAAAGGAGAAAAAGGAGGUUAAAACGGUUCAGCCAUCACAGGAAAGUAUCCACAGUCUCUCCACUUUAGAUCCAGUCUCGUCAGACUCAACUCAAACUUCUUCCAACUUAAAUAAUGUCCGACCUUCGUCUCUUCCAUCGGUGGUGGGCUUUAUUCCACCUCCCAAGUCUACACCCUUGACUUUACAUCCUUGUGUUAAAUCUGCACCCAAACCUGCAGCUACCACAAAACUCACCGUUUCAAAAGCUCCUUCAGCUCACCCGCCUCCACCCAAGUCCUCACUCCCACCACCAUCAGGAUCCAGCCCAGACGGCAGUGCCCCUGCACCUGCAGGUGGCGCCAGCUCGCAUCUUCUUCCUCCCUGUAAAGUUCCACAGUCUUUUCCACCAGGACCCCCUUCUGCUGCCAGUCAACAGGAGGGAUCGGUGGAAGAGGAUUCUUUCGCCCGCUUCCAGGCCGCUCAUGUUGCUGCUAAGCAACCCCAGGUGAAGUCUGAGGAGCAGAUUGCAGCGGAGCAGGCGUGGUACGGAUCAGAGAAAGUUUGGCUCAUUCACAAAGAUGGCUUCUCUCUGGCCACCGUGAUGAAGGCAGAGUCUGGCUCACUGCCAGAGGGAAAGGUGAAAAUCAAACUGGAGCAUGAUGGGACAAUACUGGAUGUGGAUGAAGAUGACAUAGAAAAGGCUAAUCCUCCAUCAUAUGACCGAUCAGAAGACCUGGCUUCACUGCUCUACCUGAAUGAGUCCAGUGUGAUGCACUGCCUGAGGCAGCGCUACGGAGGAAACCUCAUCCAUUCGUUCGCUGGACCCAACAUGGUGGUGAUCAACCCUCUCAGCACACCCUCCAUGUACUCUGAGAAGGUGAUGCACAUGUUCAAGGGCUGCCGGCGGGAAGACACGGCUCCUCACAUCUACGCUGUGGCUCAGUCAGCCUAUCGCAACCUGCUCACUACCCGACAGAACCAGUCCAUUGUUCUACUGGGCAAGUCUGGCAGCGGCAAAACCACCAACUGCCAGCACCUGGUCCAGUACCUUGUCUCCAUCGCUGGGAGCACAGGCAAGAUCUUCUCUGCUGAGAAGUGGCAGGCGGUCUACACCAUCCUGGAGGCUUUUGGUAACAGCUCCUCUGCUAUGAACACAAACGCCAGCCGCUUCUCUCAUGUGGUGUCCCUGGAUCUUGACCAGGCGGGUCAGGUGGCCUCGGCCUCCAUCCAGACGAUGCUGCUGGAGAAAGUGAGGGUGAUCAGAAGACCUGAAGCAGAGUCCACCUUCAAUGUCUUCUACUACAUGAUGGCUGGAGCUGACAGCAGCCUGAGAACUGAGCUGCACCUAAACCAGUUGGCUGAAAACAGCACGUUUGGAAUCCAUCCACACACCAAGCCUGAAGACAAGCAGCGGGCCUCCCAGCAGUUCACCAAGCUGCAGGCAGCCAUGAAGGUGCUGGGCAUUUCUGCAGAGGAACAGAAAGCUCUCUGGCUUAUUCUAGGUGCCAUUUACCACUUAGGAGCUGCAGGAGCCACUAAAGACUCGGACGAAGCGGGACGUCGGCAGUUUGCCCGUCAUGAAUGGGCCCAGAAGGCAGCCUACCUGCUGGGCUGCAGCCUGGAGGAACUGUCCUCAUCAAUCUUUAAGCAUCAGGUCAAAGGGCUGCAGCCCUCCACCUCCUUCAGAGGGGGGCCUGAGGAUGCUGGCCACAGUGACAACUCGGGCUCUAAGUUCACUGCUCUGGACUGUUUGGAGGCCAUGGCGUCAGGACUGUACUCGGAGCUUUUCUCUGUGGUCAUCUCCCUCAUUAACAGGGCUCUGAAGUCCAGUCAGCACUCCCUGUGCUCGCUGCUGAUUGUGGACACGCCGGGUUUCCAGAACCCGCGCUUGGCCCAGCAGCAGCGUGGAGCUACUUUUGAGGAGCUGUGUCACAACUACACCCAGGAGCGGCUGCAGACGCUGUUCCACGAACGCACCUUCGUCCAGGAGCUGGAGCGAUACAAGGAGGAAAACAUAGAUCUUGUUUUAGAUGACAUAGAGUCCACUACCUCCUUGUCUGUAGCAGCUAUUGAUCAAGCCUCAGCCCAAGCUCUGGUUCGUAGUUUGGCCCGGACAGAGGAGGCCCGGGGCCUUCUGUGGCUGAUGGAGGAGGAGGCUGUUCAGCCAGGGGGUUCAGAGGAGACCAUGCUGGAGAGACUCUUCAGCUACUACAGCUCCGGCAAAGCAGAAAACAAAGGAGCCGGCCUGCUGCUGCGGGGAGACAAACCACAUCUUUUCCUGCUGGGACACAGCCAUGGAGCUGAUUGGGUGGAGUACAAUGUUCAGGGUUGGCUGAGCCAUGCUAAGAACAAUCCUGCAACCCAGAAUGCUGCCACCCUGCUGCAGGACUCUCAGAAGAAGAACAUCAGUGGGCUGUUCUUGGGUCGAGCCAGUGGAGCGACAGUGUUGUCAGGUUCUAUUGCUGGUUUAGAGGGAAGCUCCCAGCUCGCACUGCGGCGAGCCACAAGCAUGAGGAAGACCUUCACCACAGGCGUAGCUGCAGUCAAGAAGAAGAGCCUUUGUAUCCAGAUCAAACUGCAAGUGGAUGCCUUGAUUGACAUGGUGCGUAGGUCCAAAGUUCAUUUCGUCCACUUCCUACUGCCUAAAGCAGAGGCUCCUGGUCUCCGCGUAACGCAUGGCGAGAGUCCUGAUUCAGGUCUCAUGACUUUGGACGUGUGCCUUUUGAGGGCACAGCUUCGAGGAUCAAAGCUGCUAGACGCUCUACGCAUCUACAGACAAGGGUACCCAGACCACAUGGUGUUCUCGGAGUUCCGCAGGCGCUUCGAUGUCCUGGCUCCACAUCUGGCCAAAAAGCACGGCCGCAACUACGUAGUCACAGAUGAGAAAAGGGCGGUGGAGGAGCUGCUGGAGUCCCUGGAGCUGGAGAAGAGUAACUACCACAUGGGGCUGAGCAGGGUGUUCUUCAGAGCGGGGACUCUGUCCAGGUUGGAGGAGCAGCGUGAUGUCCAGACCAGGAGGAACAUCUCUCUGUUCCAGGCUUCCUGCAGAGGACAUCUGGCCAGGCAGGCCUUCAAGAAGAGGAAGAUCCAAGAUCUUGCUAUCCGCUGCAUUCAGAAGAACAUUAAGAAGAAUCAUGGUGUCAAAGACUGGCCGUGGUGGAAGCUCUUCACCACGGUCAGACCUCUGAUCGAGGUUCAGCUGACCGAGGAGCAGAUACGUGGCAAAGAUGAGGAGAUUCAGCAGCUGAAGCAGAAGUUGGAAAAGGUGGAGAAGGAGAGGAAUGAGCUGAGACUCAACACUGACCACCUUGAGAACCGGAUCUCAGAGCUGUCAUCAGAGCUGACUGAUGAGCGGAACACUGGGGAGUCGGCCUCCCAGCUGCUGGAGGCUGAGACGUCUGAGAGAGUCCGUCUGGAGAAGGACUUGAAGGAUCUGCAGGCCAAGUUCGACAGCAUGAAGAAACAGAUGGAGUCCAUGGAGAUGGAGGUGAUGGAGGCUCGACUCAUCAGGGCUUCUGAGCUGAACGGAGAGAUCGACGAUGAUGACACAGGAGGAGAGUGGAGGCUGAAAUACGAACGAGCCAUCAGAGAGAUCGAGUUCACCAAGAAGAGGCUGCAGCAGGAGUUCGAUGACAAGCUGGAGGUUGAACAGCAGAACAAACGACAGCUGGAGAGGAGGAUCAGUGACCUACAAGCAGAUAACGAGGAGUCUCAGAGAACCGUUCAGCAGUUGAAGAAGAAAACCCAGAAGCUGACGUCUGAAUUACAGGACACCAAACUUCAUCUAGAGGGUCAACAGAGCCGUAACCACGACUUGGAGAAGAAGCAGAGGAAGUUUGACAGCGAGCAGAGUACAGCUCAGGAGGAAGUGCUGAGGGAGAGGAACCUGAGGGAGAAACUGGCUCGAGAGAAAGACGUACUGAGUGCUGAGGUCUUCAGCCUUCGCCAGCAGCUGGAGGAGAAAGACGUUGAUUUGUGUGCCAUCAACAUGAAGCUGGAACAACUGGAGGUGGAGCUGCAAGAUGUUAACUCUCAGGAAUCCAAGGAUGAGGCAUCACAGGCAAAGAUGAAGAAGCAGCUUCGUGAUCUGGAGGCCAAGGUCAAAGAUCAGGAGGAGGAGCUGGACGAGCAGGCUGGAACCAUCCAGAUGUUGGAGCAGGCCAAGCUACGCCUGGAGAUGGAGAUGGAGCGUUUGCGUCAGACCCAUUCUAAGGAAAUUGAAAGUAAAGAUGAUGAGGUGGAGGAGAUCAGACAGACCUACAGCAAAAAGCUUAAGCAAAUGGAGGGCCAGAUUGAAGAAGAGUACGAUGAAAAGCAGAAGGUGCUGAAGGAAAAGAGAGAGCUGGAAUCGAAGCUCCUGUCGGCUCAGACUCAGGAGAAAAGUGGUGAUGUAGAGACUGAGAAACGUCUGAGGAAGGACCUGAAGAGGACAAAGGCUCUACUGGCUGAUGCCCAGAUCAUGUUGGACCACAUCAAGAACAACGCACCCAGUAAGAGGGAGAUCGCCCAACUAAAGAACCAGCUGGAGGAGUCCGAGUUCACCUGUGCAUCAGCUGUGAAAGCUCGAAAGUCCAUGGAGGUGGAGAUCGAAGACCUGCACGUUCAAAUGGAGGACAUCUCCAAAGCUAAGCAGACCCUGGAGGAACAGCUGAGCCGUCUUCAGAGAGAGAAGAACGACCUGCAGUCCAGGAUGGAGGAGGACCAGGAGGACCUAAAUGAGCUGAUGAAAAAACACAAAGCUGCUGUGGCCCAGUCGGCUCAAAACUUGGCUCAAAUCAGCGACCUGCAAUCCCAGUUGGAGGAGGCCCUUAAGGAGAAGCAGGAGGUUCAAGAAAAGAUGCAAGUACUCCAGAGUCAGUUGGACUUCCAAGAGCAGUCCAUGGUUGAAAAAUCUCUCGUCAGUCGUCAGGAGGCCAAGAUCCGUGAGCUAGAGACCAAGUUGGAGUUUGAAAAGACGCAGGUCAAACGUCUGGAGAACCUCACAGCUCGGCUGAAGGAGAACCUGGAGAAGCUGACAGAAGAGCGAGACCAGCGCGUCAACAGCGAGAACCGCGAGAAAGAGCAAAACAAACGUUUGCAGAGACAGAUCCGAGACACCAAAGAGGAGGUGGGUGAACUGGCCAAAAAGGAAGCUGAAGCAAGCCGCAAGAAACACGAGCUGGAAAUGGAUAUCGAGAGCUUAGAGGCUGCUAAUCAGAGCCUACAGGCAGACCUGAAACUGGCCUUCAAAAGGAUCGGUGACCUGCAGGCGGCCAUCGAAGACGAGAUGGAGAGCGAUGACAACGAAGACCUUAUUAACAGUUUACAAGACAUGGUGACAAAGUAUCAGAAAAGAAAGAACAGAACUCAGGGAAAUUCAGACACAGACUCUGAAAUGGAGGACCGUGUUGAUGGGGUGAAGUCCUGGUUGUCCAAAAGCAAAUGCUCUGCCAAGGACUUCUCAGAUGAUGGCAACCUAAAGGGUUCCAGACAUGCUGCAAAUGUAGAUGCAAAGGAAGGGAAGGAGUGGGACUUUGUUAAGGAGGUAAAUAAGGAAGACAAGGAGGUAGAGGCUAAUCGGUCCGUGUCAGUGAUGAGCUCCCUGAGUUACAGAAGACAAUCCAACCCCAGUUCUGUUGGAAACAAUGGGGACGUCAAGGAGAAGACGGCAUCUGAGGAUAUUCCCACCUUCCAGAGGGCUAAGUCUAAAAAUUCCGAUUUCCAGGAUGACUCUUAUUCUGUAAGCUCCUGGAGGGUCAGAAAGGGUGAGAAAGAUUCAGCCGUUCCUAUCACCGCACCAAGUGGGUCCUCCACGAACCUCAGGUUAACGUCAGAGAAGGAGGCCAAACCUGGCAGCAGCUCAAGCCUCUUAACCCCUCCUGGACGCAGACAAAGCACUGCAGACUUGGACGAGGGGGGGAGGCAUUCCCGGUAUGGCAGCGGCCCUGGAAGUCCCUGCUUUAGUAGACGAUCGAGGUGUUGCAGUCCUGGAAGUGUUAGCCGACCUGAUUCUCAUAUGUCCCUGGCUCGCAGCUGCCGCCUUAGCGAGUUUGAUGUGGAUGACACUAGAAGUGUAGCUUUUACUGAGAGGUCCACAUACAGUCCUUACUCUUCCUCGGGUCGCAGCAUGUCUAUGCCUCCACCACAAGCAAGGUCAGCGUCUCCCGUCGACAACCUGGACAUCAAGUCUGUUUCUCAUCGCAACUACCUUGAUCCGGACCUGGAGAAAGCCAUCAAUGAAGUUCUGAGUUUUAAACCUAUCACGUUUACACGUAGGAGCUUGGAGGAUUCAGAGAACAAGGUGGGAAAGUCAAAAACCAGUAAGGAUGAUUGUAAAAGUGGGAGAGAUGGGGAAAGCUGUCGCCCUGCCAGCAGUCUCCGACGCUCUGAAUCUUCUGCAGACUGCAUGAGACGCAGCACCAGCAGCUGCAGCAGCAAGAGCAAAGGCAAGAGCAAGAAAAAGAAGAGAAGUCGUAGCUCUGAGUCUCACAGCUCUGGUGGCAAAAGUCGUCAGAGAAGCAGCUCUAGGAGAAGGUCCAAAAAGUCGAAAAAAAAGGAGGAAUCUUCGUCAUCUUCAGGUUCUGAGUCAGACUCGGGGUCGAGUUCUGAUGCAUCUACUAUUUCAUACCGGAGCUCCAGCAGCGUAAAGAAAGCCCCCACCAAAACGCUUCCCAACGCCGAGGAGGAGGAAGAGGAUGGAAAAGAGAGCAAGAACCAGCUCUCAAAUAAGGACGAGAAAAAGAGGAAGAAGAGGGUAGACAGUUUGGUGAUGAAGUACUUGUUCCGGCCCGACAGUGACUGAGACCAAAACCCCCCAGGCAGAAGGAGGUACUGCUUUGACAUGUCUGAUGAUGACGAGGAGGAGGAAGGCGCAGCGACUCCAGGCUCACACUACUCUGGAUCCAGAUACGGCAGUCACAUGAAAGACGAUGACAGCGAGGACAGGUCUUGAGACCCCGUCCUAGCUCUCUGACAUUGGCCCUCGGUCCACCGGGACAGCUCGCCUUGCAUGUGAAGAUGACUGGUUGUGUGUGUGCGUGUGUGUGUGUGAUUGUCGCUGUAGCACAAUCACACACACAAAUAUUCCCAUGAUGCGUGAGAGCACUGACCCCUGGAGUCGGUGGACUGAUGCAAUAGUUUCAUGGGAUUUGGAUGCAUUACAUACAGCUACAGCCUUUCUCACUUUAGCCCUUAUUUACACUCCGAGCACCAGAAUAAGAUGUAUUAACACGCCAGAAAGUAUCGGCCGAACGAUGUGAGCAGUGUACCCGUCUGUUUCCUGAGAAAGCUCCAGCCUUCGUUCUUUUUCCUGGACAGAGGGCUGUUUUCCACCAACGACCUCCUCUGCAGCUGAGCUGCUUCCAUCGCUGUAUUCAUCUCUGACCUGCUGCAGCAGGAAAAUAAAGCCAGUUUUCUCCGGAGUCUUGAGAUCCUUCCAGUAUAAGAAAGUUCCUGAGGACUGAGCCGGCCUCUGUGGACAAUGUCCUUGUCAGACAGACUGGAGUGGUGAGACAAAGACUAGGGCUUAACUUUGUGCGUGUCCCUCACACACAGUCUCUGGUGAUGGGUUCUUUCUGUAGCACCGGGCUCUGUUUCCUACAGAACCAACAAAUGGGUUCUUAAUGCACGUGAGAGGGAAAUGUCUGUCUGGUUCUACCUAACAAGAACAUGGUCUUGUUCUCUCUGAACUCCCACAUAGCUCAUACUCAGGUGUGCAGGAGGCGGAGCCUGAACACCACAUCAUUUAAUAAUAUCAUGUUCAGACCAACUCAACAGAAGAAAAAGUCAUUGUUCCUGCAGCUCCUGGUUGUUAUUCACUUACAUCCAGACCCUUUUGUUGUUGUUUUUAAUGAUUAUUCACCUCAAACUGACCUUUUUCACAGAAACCUGAAACCGUGAGAAUACAACUACUCCAAGUCGGGUUGUUUAUAAUCCUUAACAUCACCACCAGUUCUGAAUGCAGAUUCUGGAGUUGUUUUCCCGUGCAUCCCGGGACACUUCCUGCUGGAAUAGCUGGGUAGUUUCCACAGAUUAACCAGGAAAUGACUGGUUAUGCAAACGUUUAUAAACUAAUGUUUGCAUGAAUCAAGGUGGUGUUUCUGAGAUGGACAUUUUAAGACCAGGGAUUCUGCAUUCAUACUACCCUUUAGCUUGUCAAUCUGGUCAUAGUUGAGCUAUUUCUCCAAAGUGGACCCAGUUUAUCUUAUUUCAUGGCUUUUCCAUUGAUCCUGUAGUUUGUAGUGACUGUGCUGGAUUGUUAAUUUCAUGUCCCUGUGGAGUAAUCUGUAAUCUGACCUGUGGGCAGGUUUAGCAUGUAAUCCAACCAUAGGCAACACUUCAGUGAAGAUUGGACUCAAAGAUGUCUUUCUUAGUGGAUAAACUGGUCCGAAGAGGCUCAGGAAUCAAAAGUAACCUUCAGCGUAGCUGUGAUGUGUGUGUUUACAUUUUAGUUCUGUGUCCCUCAGACAGGUAGAAAUAGGGAAGUGAGUGUUUUUAUUACAGACACAAAACCUCCAAGAUCCUCCAGCUGGGAGUCCAAACAAGUUCCUGGAGAAACGAUGUCAGGCUGUGGAACGGGUCGGCUGAAGGUGAAAUCAUUCAAAAGGCUGUUUAGUUGGAUCCUGAACUGAGAAACUGAGCAACAUGUUUUUGUAUCGAUGCUCAUGUAUGCUCAUCACAGCAGCGGGCUCAAGCUAAAGAGAAGGUCUUGGUGCUGCUUACCUGAGCAGAGCAGGAAAGAAGCAGCCAUGUUUAUGUCCAGGUGCCAUGAUGAACUCAGGCCCCUCCCCCUGAUUCUGCACACCUGAGGGUCCGAAAUAACCAAAGCUUUUUGUUGUGAGAAUGCAGAAUGUGCGUCCGUCUUUGUGGCCUCAUAGACGGGAUGUGAGUUUGAGUGGUGUUCUAGCUCUUCGGUGUUAAAACAGCGACUAAGUGUGAUGCUGCCUUUUUGUCACAUGACUUGUGUGACCCUGACCCUAAGGAAUCAGAAAAGCUUUUAUGGUCCUGAUGUUGGAGGUAUAAGUGCUUCACACUCUAUGCUUUUCACAAGUGCGUUAUCUUUAUUCUCUAUGCCGAUGACACCAGUCCGUUUCACUGACUGCUUCUUUUUCUGGCUCCAGCAGAAAGACCUGAGAUGUUCUGCAUCUGGUGUUUGUAUAACGUGUGUGUGAUACACGCAGCUUGGGGAAAAAGCUCCUGUUUAUUUUCCUGGAUUGAAGAAAUUGACCACUUAUUUAAAAGGUUUUGCAUCAGUUUAAUAUAUUGUAAAUAAAGAACAGUGACUGUUUUGGAA